CCAAUGUCAGAUGAUUCGAGUUUCGAGUUAUAGUUUUAACCUCUGCCACAGCAGAGCAGCGCUAACCACUGUGCGUGUGUUCCGCACCCGUGGAACGCUUUGAAAUAUGCAAAAAUAUGAAAAACUUGAGAAAAUAGGAGAAGGCACUUACGGGACUGUUUUCAAAGCUAAAAACCGGGAGACUCAUGAGAUUGUUGCCUUGAAACGUGUACGCUUGGACGAUGAUGACGAGGGUGUACCGUCGUCGGCAUUACGUGAAAUUUGUUUGCUCAAAGAGCUUAAACAUAAAAAUAUAGUACGACUUUACGAUGUACUUCACAGUGAUAAAAAAUUAACUCUAGUAUUUGAACAUUGUGAUCAGGACCUUAAAAAAUAUUUUGAUAGCCUAAAUGGUGAAAUUGAUUUAGAUGUUGUCAAAUCAUUCUUAUAUCAAUUAUUACGUGGACUAGCAUUCUGUCAUAGUAAAAAUGUAUUACAUAGAGACCUCAAGCCACAAAAUUUGCUCAUCAAUAAGAAUGGUGAGCUGAAACUUGCGGAUUUCGGAUUGGCAAGGGCAUUCGGCAUUCCAGUUAAGUGUUACUCUGCAGAAGUUGUGACGUUAUGGUACCGUCCACCCGACGUAUUAUUUGGAGCUAAACUUUACACGACGUCAAUAGACAUGUGGAGCGCGGGAUGCAUAUUCGCUGAAUUAGCGAACGCAGGACGACCCUUGUUCCCCGGAUCGGACGUCGACGAUCAGCUGAAAAGAAUAUUCAAAAUGUUGGGUACACCUACUGAGGAAACGUGGCCAGACCUCACUACUCUUCCAGAUUAUAAAGCUUUCCCCCAGUACCAUCUUACGCAAGGGUUAGCCCAAGUUACUCCAAAACUCCCAACCAGAGGCAAAGACUUACUUCAGAGAUUAUUAGUAUGUAAUCCAGCGCUGAGAUUAUCAGCAGACGAAGCGAUGGCACAUCCUUACUUCAACGACUUAAACCCUGCCAUUAAAAAUGACCGAUGUCAGUAGCAGGUCAUCGUUUAGUUACCAUCAGCUUCGACUUACAGCGACCAAGACCAAAAUACACUCCAGGAAAGAUUAUUUAUUAUAUUAAUAAUAAUGAUAAUAAUAUUAAAACUAAAACUAAAAAUAAAAAUAAAAAUAAAUUAAUGAAUUAAUCAACUAAACAAAUACUUACGCUCAAGUGCGUCCGUAAAAUUAUGAAAUAUAUUCGCGAGUCUUAUUUUGUAUGCAAUUGUCCAAAACUAUUCAAUAAAUUAUCGAUUUUACCACGUAA